UUAAAUAAAACAAUGAGUAAUCUAGAUUCAAAAUUUUUAAAGCUUUGCAAAAAUGUAGAGAAUCUCAGGACAGAGUUCCUCAACCUCCAUUGUGAGAGGAUGCCACAAUCUUCAGGCUGGAGACUUGUACAAAGUUCACAGAGAAGAGAACUAUGUGCUGAAACUGCAAGGCAAAGAAAUUUGGACAAUUUCUGCUGUUGUCCGUUUGAGGCAACUCAAAACUCAACUCAAUGCUACUCAGGAGAUAGUUCUUUCAAAGAAUCUCUUCUUUUCAAAAGAAAUCCACCUCAAAUACCUGGCUUCUUUGAUAUGAAUUCAGGUGAAAUCCAAAAAUGAAGGCAGGAAGCCCCUCCUGGAGUGUCUACAAGAGGUCAACAUGAUGACAGAUUAAGCAUGAAUUUGGAAGGAAUUCAAAACUCGCACUUAGACAUAACAAAUUCUCUUUAUCCUAGCAAGAUGAAUGCUAAACAAGUAGUAAAAGUCUCCCAAGAAUACUUUAAGGAAACAAAGACUAGGAAAAAGAGGAACAAGAUGUCCUUCACCAUGAAGAGGAUCGAUAAGACAAAGGUGAUGGAUAUGAACCCUCAUGAACCCACUGAGAAUAUUUCCUCCUUCUCUUGCCGUGCCGACGUGAUCUAUAAAAAGAUUUUGAGAGAGUUUAGAAGGUUCUUCAUAAACGAUUUUAUUGAGAAGACAGGCUUUAAGGACUAUAAGAAAUGAAACAAUAAAAGUCUCCUCCAGAAGAAGCUGUGCGCCUAUGCCCAGAGAAUCAUGCCUUAUCACCAAGAGAUAAGAGAAAUUUCCUUCUAUGUCGGAACUUUGGUGGCUCCUCAAUUGAUUGGAACCCAAUUUCUUGGAGAGAAUAAACCAAAGAAAGAGGUGAAUAAGAUUCAUGAUACAUUAUAUAAGUUUAGUAUUUCCAAAGUGGAUAAAUUACUUGAGGAUAAAUACAUAGGAAUUUUGCUGAAAUACUUCAUCUCCGCUUCCUCCUGCAUCGAGAGAAUUAUUUCAGCCAAUAAGGUGAGCGAGGAAUCUUACAGGACUGCCUUUUCAAUGAUAGAAGGAAGAGCGACUGCUGCUAUCGAAGGAAAUACACAGAAUGAUUCUUAAGAACACAGAGGAUAAUAUAAUUAGUGUAUAAAUUCUUUUGA